UAUAAAAAAAACUUCUUGCUUUUGACUUGUUAAAUGUAGUAAGUUCUAAAUAUUGUUUUUAUAUAAUAAAACAAAUAUAUUGUUUUGUGUAAGAAAAUUCUCCAGAAAUGAAUAAAAACUAUGAAAGGUGUACACAUUGUAAUCGACGUAAAUGGCUAGCUACUGGUUGUUUACGAAAAUGGUUAAAACCACUGGAAUGUAAACAUUUACAAAGAACUAUUGAUAGCAAAAGGGACUAUAAUAACACAGACAUGGUAAACACGGUGUUCUUACCCGAAAGGAAACCUCCCGUUAAUACUAAUAAGUUUGUAAAAUUUUGGAAAAAUAAACUCUUCAUUACUGGAAGCGUCCGAUCGUUACAACGAUACUUCGGGAAUAAAAAUAGUGGUGGUGAAUAUAUGUGUAAUUUUAGUAAAGGAGCGGAUAGUUACACUACAGAAAAGCAGAUAGUGGCUACUAAAAAUGAAAUUAGGAACGAAGAAUUAGAAAGUAUUCACAUGAAAUGUCAACAUUCAGAUGGUCAUUCUGUUUUGAGAGGGCAUCAUCAACACUUAUCAGUCGAAAGUUGCGCCAUAUACUGCCAACUUUCCAAGCAUGGUUGGUAUUGGGGUGGUAUAACAUCCAGUGAGGCAGAAGAGCUUCUUGCUGGCCAACAUGAUAAUGUUUUCUUAGUACGAGAUUCCUAUGACUCAAGACACAUACUGUGUGUUUCAUUCCGUUGUGUUGGACGUACUCUCCAUGCUAGGCUUAGACAUGCAGAUGGACUUUUCUCAUUGAACAAUGAAACAUUUGUGCCAGCAAACAGGAUAUCAGAACAUUGUGCAACAGUAGAUGUUAAGUCAAAUUUAUUUGCUAUGCCAGUUAAAUUAGCAAGACCAUUAAAUAGGUUUGCAAAGUUAGACUCAUUACAAAAGAUCUGCAGAUUUGUUAUAAGACAAACUGUAUCAGAAGACUUAUGGAACAAAUUACCACUUCCUUCGAAUUUAAUAUCUUAUGUUUCCCUUGGCAGUGACUACAUAGCUCCUUUAUAGAUAGCAUAUAAUAAAUAUAUAAAGAGUGCCUUAAUCUUUCAAUGCACUUAACAUAUUUUAAUCAUAUAUUUACACAAGACAUAUCUUUUAUGACAAUGUAAAGUGUUAAUAAAUUUUAUACAAAAAGUUUAUUUUAAUAAAAUCAAUAAUUAUUGACUACUGUAAAUCAUUGGUUUGUAUUUCUUAACUCAU